GUCGAGGCUGCAGCUGCACAACUUCUGGGCUCUCCUCGUGCCAUAAACCGCCAUGCUUGUUUUAUAUGAGACGUCUCUUGGCUACUGCCUCUUCAAGCUCACCGACUCGGCAAAAAUAUCCAACGACAAUGUCUGGGAGGACUUCGAGACACCAGAGAAGGCUAACAAGCUCUUGAAGUUGAAGUCAUUGCAUCGCUUCACGUCCACGGCGACUGCGGUAGAAGAAAUCACUGCGAUUCAAGAGGGCAAGCUUGGAAAAGGCCUUAAGCAGUUCUUGUCAGACGAGAUUGUCGGGAAGGGCAAGGGCAAGGAUACAUUGGCCGUCUUUGAUGCUAAACUCGCCCGUUCAAUCAACAAAAAGCUGGGUAUCAACGUCAUUGCUGACGGCUCGAUGGACCUCUUCCGCGGUAUCCGUAGUCAGUUAGCGGCGCUACUGAACGGCUUAGACCCGAAGGACCUGGCUACCAUGAGCUUAGGUUUGAGCCAUUCGUUGUCUCGGUUUAAGUUGAAGUUUUCGCCGGACAAGGUCGACACUAUGGUCGUGCAAGCGAUUGCGCUGUUAGACGACUUGGACAAGGAGAUUAACAUCUACGCAAUGCGUGUCAAGGAAUGGUACGGCUGGCACUUCCCUGAACUGGCAAAGAUCAUUGUCGACAACCAGGCCUAUGCCAAAGUCGUCAAAGCCAUGGGUUUCCGGACCAACGCGGCAACGACAGACUUUUCUGCCAUCCUCCCCGAGGACCUUGAAGCGACUGUCAAGGCAGCAGCAGAAAUAUCCAUGGGCACUGAAAUCUCUGACAGCGACAUUGCACACAUCAACUCCCUUUGCGACCAGGUCAUUUCCAUCACCGCGUAUCGGACGCAACUGGCAGAGUACCUGCGGAAUCGCAUGAAUGCGAUUGCACCCAACUUGACUGCUCUUGUCGGCGAGCUUGUCGGCGCACGACUUAUCAGUCAUGCUGGAAGUCUGCUCAAUCUGGCAAAGCACCCUGCGAGUACCGUGCAAAUCCUUGGCGCUGAGAAGGCUCUUUUCCGCGCUUUAAAGACGAAGCACGACACGCCCAAGUAUGGGCUUAUCUAUCAUGCUUCUCUCAUCGGCCAAGCGCCGCCAAAACUGAAGGGCAAAAUGGCCCGCAUGGUAGCCACAAAAGCUGCCCUUUCCAUCCGUGUUGAUGCGUUGACAGAUGUUGACGAUAAAUCUGAGCCGCAAGCACCGUCAAUAGGUAUCGAGAACCGCGCUAAGUUGGAGUCACGGUUGCGGGCGCUCGAGCUGCAGGGCGAUGCAUCUGGCGUGCGGUCUGCGAUGUCUGGACGCAAUCAGCAACGCUUUCAGAUGUCUGGAGAGGCGAAGACGUACAACACGGCCGCGGAUGCUGUUGACCUUGUCCCAACGCAGCGCGAGCCGAUGGAGCAGGCGGUGAAGGCGGUGUUAGACGUCAAGGCGGAGAAGCAGAAAGCGAAGGAGGAGAAGAGGGCCAAGAAGCGGGCGGAGAAGGAGGGUAAGACUGAGGCAUCAGAGCAUGAUGCGACGAACGAGAAGAUGGACACAGACGGGGAGGAAACGAAGGAGAGCAAGAAGGAGAAGAAGCGGAAACGGAGGGAGAGCGAGGCAAACGGGGAUGUUGCUGCUGAUUCUGCUAAGACCGACGAGGAGGCUGCGGCAGAACGCAAGGCGAAGAAGAAAGCCCGUAAGGCGGAGAAGGUCGCCACAGAAGAUGCGGGCGAGUCGUCAAAAAAGAAGCGGAGAAAGUCUGAGGCAUAGUUUACUCUGUGUGCCUGUCUUCGCUUGUCAUGUUUUUGUCACAUAUCUCUGAUAAUGUAGCUUUCGGUUGUCGACAUGUU